AUGACUUCGAAUAUAGCGGAAUGUAUUAAUGGAAAACUAGUAGCGGCAAGAGAGUUGCCUGUAUUUGAUUUCCUUGAAGAAGUUAGGAGGAUGUUUGGGAGAUGGAAUUACACAAAUAGGAAAAAUGGUACAUACACAUUCUCCACACUUUCGAGACGAUACCAAGAAAUGCUCUCAAUGAACGAGUAUAAAUCAUUACGCAUGAGGGUUGAAGCAUCAACUGAAUAUGUUUAUACGGUUAAUGAUGGACCGCGGCGUUUCAUAAUUGAUUUGAAAAGGAAAACUUGCAGUUGCAGGAUGUUUCAAAUGGACGAAAUACCAUGUUCACAUGCCUGGGCUGUAUUAAAGAGUAAAAAUCUAACGGCUGAUGCAUAUUGUUCAGAAUUAUUCAAGCCAAAUACAGUGGUGAAUACGUAUGAUGUGCCGAUUGAUCCACUUCCCGACGAGAGUGAGUGGAAUGUUCCAACACACAUAUUGGAUGAGGUUGUUCUGCCACUGAGAUACAAGCGACCUCCUGGUAGGCCAAAAAAGAAAAGGGAUAAGCCAUUAAUGGAGCUGAUGAUGUAA